AUGAAAACUAUUCUGUUUUCUCUGGUUAUUAUAUUUUUCGUAAUCGUUGUACGGUGUUCAACAGAGCGAAGUGAAACAAAUAUUAAACAAGGAACUGCAUCAAAAGGUGACGCAUAUGAUGGAUGUCGAAAAAGGAAAAAUGGAAAAUAUUUCUGUCGUUGUGGCAAGACGAAAGUAAAAUACGAUCAUCUCCAACAAGUUUGUGUCAAUGAACAAGUCAUUCAACGGAGCAUGACUAGUAGUCCUCGAAGAGUGAUUACACCGAUCUAUCGUUCUACACGUGAUGAACAAUACGGUAGCAUGCGACUCGGACUACAAAGAGUGGAUAAUCUAACGACAAUACCAAUUCGUCAUGUAUAUGUAGAUGCAUUGAUUCAUUCAUUUACAGCUGAUGUCACUCUAACGCAAACAUAUUAUAAUGAAAACAGCUAUCCAGUUGAAGCAGUCUAUAUAUUUCCUAUUGAGGAAAACGCAGCAGUUUAUGAAUUUACGGCUCACAUCGACGACCGAUUGAUUAAAGCUAUGGUGCAAGAAAAACAAACUGCUGAGAAUAUGUAUGAGGAUGCAGUUCAACGGGGUCAAACGGCAGUGUUACUUCGACAAGACGAACGAACACUCGAUACUUUCAAAGUAAAUGUCGGAGUUCUGCCGCCAGGUAAAGAAUGUAUAGUCAAGAUUCGUUAUGUGACAGAACUAGAUUUGAUUGAUGGAUGUUUUAUUCGAUUUGUUGUUCCAACUACCAUUGCACCUCGAUAUGAUCCAAAACCAAACAUAGCGCAAUCGCUAGAUAGAUCACAAACCCAAUAUGUUCAAAAUUCUUCGUAUACAAUGUCAUUUCGAGCUCAUAUUGAUCGAUACGGACAGAAUCAAAUUAUCGAAGUGACUAAUAUGUCUCAUCCGGUCAAUUACAGCGGAUCGUUUAAAACAAUCGACGUUUCUUCAGAAAGCAUUGCACUCGAUCACGAUAUUAUCUUGGAUAUUGAGCUGCCAAGUAAUCGGUCCCCGAUACUUAUUGCAGCCGAACAAUACAAUAAUGCAUCAAAUCUUGCAGUUCUUACUGUAUUGAAUCAUAAUGAUGGGCGUUUUUUCUCAAUAUAUGAUGGGAAUAAUUCAAUUGUUUCAACAACCGAAUUUAUCUUCAUCGUCGACUGUUCUUAUUCUAUGGACGAUGAAAAUCGCAUUAAUCUUGCUCGAGAUGCAUUGCAUUUGUUUAUACGCAAUAUUCCUCCAGAUGCACAUUUUAAUAUAAUUCGUUUUGGAACAAACUAUGAAAUUCUUUUUCCUUAUACAACACAUCUGACGACUGUAUACAAUGAACAAACAGCCAAACAAGCCGACGAUAUUGCGCGUACGAUGAAAGCCGAUUUAGGUGGCACAGAGCUAUUGACACCUCUACAGUACUUGAGAGAUCAUCCGCCUGCUAGUGGUAAAUCACGACAAGUGUUCAUCUUGACUGAUGGUGAAGUUGCAAAUACAAAUGAGGUGAUUGAAUUAUGUCGUUCGAUGGCGUUGACUACACGUAUUUUCUCAUUUGGUCUUGGCCCUACAUCCUCUCGAUCUCUGGUGAAAGGUAUUGCUCGUGCGACAAAUGGUCAUUUUGUUUUUAUUGCUCCGAAUGAUACGGUUGAUGAUGACGUUAGGACUCAGCUUCAUCGAGCCUUGCAGCCAUCACUUGUUAAUGGUCAAUUGCAAUGGCUUGGAUUGUGGCCCAAUGGUUACCAAGCACCAAAAACUAUACCCCCAGUAUAUAAAAAUGAUCGUGUACUUGUCUAUACUCUAUUCGACAAGUUCUACUUUUAUGGGCAAUCUGCGUCGGUAAAGUUUUCUGCUAACAAUCGUUUAAUCGGUAAUAGUUCAUUGAACCGCAAUGAUAUACUCAAUGGCAAUACGAUUCGCCGUUUAGCAGCUAAGGCUUUGAUACAAGAAUUGUUACAUAAGGGAGACACAGAAUACAUUAAUUCCAAUAUGACAGUCAAACAACGUAUUAUCGGACUCUCGUUGGCUCAUCAAAUUUUAUCACCAUACACAGCGUUCGUUGGUAUUGAAACAAGUCGUUCUGGGCAAAGCAAUGCUUUGCAAAGCCGACAUGUACCUGUUCAAGUAUCGAGAGAUGGUGAAAAUCUCCCCCAUCAACAUUCCUCUUUUCUUGGAUCCCAACAGUCCACAACGUUACCAAGUGUCCAUACGCAUUCAUCAACGAUAGUAAACUUUCCAACAAGAACCACACCAACUUUGCUUUUAAAACAGCCUUAUUUUAUUAACGAUUAUGAUGAACAAGAACCUAUUCUUGCAAGUGUAGCCGAACCACCACCGCCGUAUCGUCCGGAAGCGAGACAAUCAUAUAGUAUCCCGGAAUACCAAUCAGAGUAUUAUGAUCAACAAGGUCCUCAAGGGAUGGUCGGUCGUGCACAUGCAUCACAUGAUAUGCAGCAGCAGAAACAGUCUACCGUUCAUCAAACUUCUACUUCCAGCACGACACGUUUUGAUUCGAUAGUAACCCACAGUCAACCGGACUCCCGAAAGUCUGCUGCUGCUGCGACGAAUUUCAUUCAGCAAUAUGAAGGUGAUAAAGAACAAUUAUUGUUAUCAAUUGAAAUUACAGUACAUUGUUGCAAAGAGAAACUUUAUGCUGAUAAUUUAGGUGUUCCCUGUGCAAAAACAAUGCAACCAAUUAGUUAUAUCGUUAAAUAUUCAUUGGCUAUGAAUAGACGAACAGUAUCAUAUACGAAUGAUAUAAAUCAAAUUUUACAUAUUUAUAUUAGUAGUGUAAUGUUAAAUGCUUCAUGUUUUCGUAAUCAACAAAUUUUAUUAUGUAUUUAUACUACAAGUAUUGAUUAUUUAGAUGAAAAUAUAUUUCAACCUUUUCUUGCAACACAUUCAUCGAAGUUAUUAGAUAUUCAAGAUUCGAAUACUAGUUAA